UAUGCUGGGAGGGGACCCUGUGGAGGAGUGACCGGCAGCAGUUCUCAGGCUGGACGUUGUGGGACACAGUGGGUCCCAUCACCGCCAUGGAGUUUGGGAGGUUUAUUUCAAAGUACCAAAAACCUUUGCUGCUCAUCAUGAUGAUGCUCAAACUGGGUAGGACUCGCUGUUGAUCAACGUCUAGGUGUAUCAAUGUGGAUUACAAUACUCUAUGUGUUGUGAGUGUGAAUGAGACGUGUGUGUGCACUUGUAUGUGUAAAUAUUAAUGGGGAAAGUAGUGAUGUGAAAAUGUGUGUACACUGUGUGUGUGUGUGUGUGUGUGUGUGUGGGUGUGUGUGUGUGGACAGAGCUGUAAUUCGGCAUUAGCAAGGUGGGAGGAUGUUACUGGAGGACAAGUGGUAGUAGCCAGCUGGCAGACAGGUUGUUGUAGUUGGUGAUAAUCUGAAGAUCUCUGAGUGCAGUAGCGCUUCAAUAAGUUAUUUAUUAUUUAAUGAUAUGGCUGGUCCUAUUUAGAAAUGUGUUUUUAUUAUUUUAUGUAAACGUAUGAUGUGUCACUGUAAUUGCUCAUCUAUUACUAUGUAAGAUACUGAUAUAAUUGGCUUGAGCACUUAUCAUGAAGUAAUUCAUAAUUCAUAAUGAACUAUUACAGUGAGAUAAUUGGCUUGUGUUAUUAUUCCCUGAUAGCCUAUGACAGGAGCAGUUAAGACUAGUAGAGAGAAGAAGCCAGGAGGGAAUUUGAGGUGUGGUGUGGUGUGGUGGGGUAUAUUUGGGUGGGGGAUAUUUUGAACCCCACCUAAUGAUGCGUUGACCCAUUUUUCCCGCGGCCCUGCUUGUGGGAAGUGUCUGAACCUCGUUAAAUUGGACAGACUGACAGGAUGGGGCGGCUAGGGCGGAUCACAUGCAGGGGCCAUUGUUACCCAUCACCAUGGUGACGGGCUAAGAGUCUGGCCGCACAGCUUUUUGUCUUAACUUUGAAUGGAGAGGCAAGUGUUCUGAGAAGUACGGAAACAAACACAGUACUUUUAGAUUGCAUGGCUGAUGGAAAAUAUAACUACAAUAUUGGAUCAACCAUUGUUGAUAUAAAAUCUAUCUUAUACUAUCAGUAUGGCUUUUUCAAUGUUAAACCUCAUGAAACAUCAACAUUUAUUUCUCUGACUAACAUCACAGGAUAAUUGUGACUAAAAGUGUCAGAAUGUGCGCUUUUUACAGCGAAGUGAAUCACCGCAGUUUAGCCUUUGAGUAUGAAUACAAUUUUGGACGAAGCACAACCCUGGCAUGGUAUGGCUGACAGUCCCCUGUCGUGAUAAAAUAGGUUACCUCUAACUAGAACUAGAGCCAGGAGCAUCCUUUCACAUGAGACAUGAUAUCACUGGUCCAUAAUACCCCAAAGUGUGGGCCUGAGUAUAUGUAAAGGUUAUUGUGUUUGGUUACCUUUUGUUUUGGUAACUGUUAUCAUAGGGCAGAGGAAAUAAAGGCUCCUUAUUUGGACAAACAUCCAACAUAACAACUAUUAAUCAUUUCUUAUCUACCUUGCUGCUUUCUUCCACACUGUUAGAGGGAUGCUUUGACAUACUCACUCUAGAGUUGAGACUGGGAUCCAUCUCUGUACAGACAGCUGACAACUCUCUUUUCUACUACUCCAGGGUUUCCCAAACUCAGUUCUUGCCCCCCGACGUUUUGGUUUUUGCCCUAGCGCUACACAGCUCAUUCAAAUAAUCAAAGCUUGGGGUGGGGGGGACCGAGUUUGGGAAACCCUGUACUACUCUACCUGCAUACUAAGUUAGGAUGGUCCCAUGACAAGUAGCUGGCUCUGCUCUGUGUUUAUUUUGAGUCUUGGGGGUUAAGUGCUUGGUGCAGUGCAGUGUCAGAGAACAGCACCGUAGUCUGCCCAUAACCAUGAUCUAUGAACUGUUUCAUGACACGGGAGGCAGCAGUGACGUCAGCACAGUGGAAUGUUUCAGGGAUGACUGGUCUGGCUGCAGCAGGAUAGACCAGUCAGAGACCCCCACUGUCUCAGCCAAUCACCACACUGUUACCUAGUCUGAUAUGGGGUCCAGGUAGUACCAGCUGUUAGCGUAUACAGUGCAUUAUAGUGGGUAUACAGUACACUGCAUAUAAACAGUGUAAGUAGGUACCAUGUCUGGACUUAAGCGUCUCUGGGCCUUAGAAAAGCGGUUUUACUGUAUAAAUGAUUGUCUGGAGGAUGAGAGUGUUUACAUGUAUCCAUAUUUAACACCACUAUAAAGGGAACAGAAAACCUGGUCCAUUACACCAUGAGUUAAGGGAAGCUUGUGGGUUGAUGGGUUGACAGUAGGAGGAAACUGAUGAAACUGUGGGUUGCAACGAAUGUUCCAGUGUGUCUGGGGUAACAGGGGAUUAGUGGAGAACAGAUAUGGUGUUUCGAACAUACAGUACAUAUUACAGCAGGGGAAGAAGACUGUACUCACAUCAAGUAGAUUGUGACACACAACAACCAAUGCUGUAGAUCUAUUGAGUGGAAAAGAAUGAUCAGUGGUUACCAACACUUGUCAUGGAGAGCAACAGCCAGAGUGUGCUGGCUUUUGCUAAUAAUCAGACACCUGAUUGGCGCCGACGAAGAUGGCGGUCUCGCGACUAGCUCUUAGGAAACUUUGCAGUAUUUUGUUUUUUUUAUGUAUUAUUUUUUUUUACAAUAUUAGCUUAGAAAGUGUUUUGCAUCAUUACAUACAGCCGGGAAAAACUAUUGGAUAUCAGAGCGGCGGUAACUCACCAGCAUUACGACCAGGAAUACGACUUUCCCGAAGCAGAUCCUUUGUUUGCUCUCCCCAGGGCAACUGAACUGAUUCCAGCGGCUGACCCAAAACAUCGCCGGCUGAGGAGAGGCACUUGGAGCGGCCUGCUGGUUCGACUUAGGAGGUGCGCACACCACCCACCGCUUCCAAGUAUCCUACUCGCUAAUGUUCAAUCUUUGGUUAACAAAGUCGACGAACUACGGGCAAGGAUUUCUUUCCAGAGAGACAUCAAGGCCUGUAACACCUCUGUUUCACGGAAACAUGGCUCUCUUGGGAUAUUCUGUUGAAAUCGGUCCAGCCAGAUGGGUUCUCAGUUCAUCACGCAGACAGGAAUAAACAUCUCUCCGGAAGCAGAAGGGUGGAGGUGUGUGUUUCAUGAUAAACGACUCAUGUUGUAAUUGUAGUAACAUACAGGAACUCAAGUCCUUCUGUUCACCCGACCUAGAAUAUCUCACAAUCUGGGGCGCCCCCAGGUGGUGAAGGUAGGAAACAACAUCUCCACUUCGCUGAUCCUCAACACUGGGGCCCCACAAGGGUGCGUACUCAGCCCCCUCCUGUACUCCCUGUUCACCCAUGACUGCCAAGCACGCCUCCAACUCAAUCAUCAAGUUUGCAGACGACACAACAGUAGUAGGCUUGAUUACCAACAAUGACGAGACCGCCUACAGGGAGGAGGUGAGGGCUCUGGGAUUGUGGUGCCAGGAAAAUAACCUCUCACUCAACAUCAACAAAACAAAGGAGAUGAUCGUGGACUUCAGGAAACAGCAGAGGGUGCACCCCCCUAUCCACAUCGACGGGACCGCAGUGGAGAAGGUGGAAAGCUUCAAGUUCCUUGGCGUACACAUCACAGACAAACUGAAAUGAUCCACCCACGCAGACAGUGUGGUAAAGAAGGUGCAACAGAGCCUCUUCAACCUCAGGAGGCUGAAGAAAUUCGGCUUAGCGCCUAAAACCCUCACAAACUUUUACUGAUGCACAAUUGAGAGCAUCCUGUCGGGCUGUAUCACCGCCUGGUACGGCAACUGCACCGCCCACAACCACAGGGCUCUCCAGAGGGUGGUGCGGUCUGCCGAACGCAUUACCGGGGGCAAACUACCUGCCCUCCAAGACACAUACAGUGAGGGAAAAAAGUAUUUGAUCCCCUGCUGAUUUUGUACGUUUGCCCACUGACAAAGAAAGGAUCAGUCUAUAAUUUUUAUGGUAGGUUUAUUUGAACAGUGAGGGACAGAUUAACAACAACAAAAUCCAGAAAAACGCAUGUCAAAAUUGUUAUAAAUUGAUUUGCAUUUUUAUGAGGGAAAUAAGUAUUUGACCCCUAUGCAAAACAUGACUUAGUACUUGCUGGCAAAACCCUUGUUGGCAAUCACAGAGGUCAGACGUUUCUUGUAGUUGGCCACCAGGUUUGCACACAUCUCAGGAGGGAUUUUGUUCCACUCCUCUUUGCAGAUCUUCUCCAAGUCAUUAAGGUUUAGAGGCUGACAUUUGGCAACUCGAACCUUCAGCUCCCUCCACAGAUUUUCUAUGGGAUUAAGGUCUGGAGACUGGCUAGGCCACUCCAGGACCUUAAUGUGCUUCUUCUUGAGCCACUCCUUUGUUGCCUUGGCCGUGUGUUUUGGGUCAUUUUCAAUGCCCUGGCUGAGGGAAGGAGGUUCUCACCCAAGAUUUGACGGUACAUGACCCCGUCCAUCGUCCCUUAGAUGCGGUGAAGUUGUCCUGUUCCCUUAGCAGAAAUACACCCCCAAAGCAUAAUGUUUCCACCUCCAUGUUUGACGGUGGGGAUGGUGUUCUUGGGGUCAUAGGCAGCAUUCCUCCUCCUCCAAACACGGCGAGUUGAGUUGAUGCCAAAGAGCUCGAUUUUGGUCUCAUCUGACCACAACACUUUCACCCAGUUCUCCUCUGAAUCAUUCAGAUGUUCAUUGGCAAACUUCCGACGGCCCUGUAUAUGUGCUUUCUUGAGCAGUGGGACCUUGUGGGCGCUGCAGGAUUUCAGUCCUUCACGGCGUAGUGUGUUACCAAUUGUUUUCUUGGUGACUAUGGUCCCAGCUGCCUUGAGAUCAUUGACAAGAUUCUUCCGUGUAGUUCUGGGCUGAUUCCUCACCGUUCUCAUGAUCAUUGCCACUCCACGAGGUGAGAUCUUGCAUGGAGCCCCAGGCCGAGGGCGAUUGACAGUUAUUUUGUGUUUCUUCCAUUUGCGAAUAAUCGCACCAACUGUUGUCACCUUCUCACCAAGCGAUGGUCUUGUAGCCCAUUCCAGCCUUGUGUAGGUCUACAAUCUUGUCCCUGACAUCCUUGGAGAGCUCUUUGGUCUUGGCCAUGGUAGAGAGUUUGGAAUCUGAUUGAUUGAUUGCUUCUGUGGACAGGUGUCUUUUAUACAGGUAACAAGCUGAGAUUAGGAGCACUCCCUUUAAGAGUGUGCUCCUAAUCUCAGCUCAUUACCUGUAUAAAAGACACCUGGGAGCCAGAAAUCUUUCAGAUUGAGAGGGGGACAAAUACUUAUUUCCCUCAUUAAAAUGCAAAUCAUUUUAUAACAUUUUUUUACAUGCGUUUUUCUGGAUUUUUUUGUUGUUAUUCUGUCUCUCACUGUUAAAAAAAACCUACCAUUAAAAUUAUAGACUGAUCAUGUCUUUGUCAGUGGGCAAACUUACAAAAUCAGCAGGGGAUCAAAUACUUUUUUCCCUCACUGUACAACACCCGAUGUCACAGGAAGGCCAAAAGGAUCAUCAAGGACAUCAACCACCCGGCUAUCAUACAGAAGGCAAGGUCAGUACAGGUGCAUCAAAGCUGGGACCGAGAGAAUGAAAAACAACUUCUUUCUCAAAAGCCACCAGACUGUUAAAUAGCCAUCACUAGCACAUUAGAGGCUGCUGCUGCCCAUUGAAAUCACUGGCCACUUUAAGAAAUGGAACACUAGUCACUUUAUUAAUGUUUACAUAUCUUGCACUACUCAUCUCAUAUGUAUAUACUGCAUUCUAUUCUAUAAUAUUCUACUGUAUCUUAGUCUAUGCCACUCUGUCAUUGCUUGUCCAUAUAUGUAUAUAUUCUUAAAUCCCAUUCCUUACUAGUUUUGUGUGUAUUGGGUAUAUGUUGUGAAAUUGUUAGAUAUUACUGCACUGUCGGAGCUAGAAGCACAAGCAUUUUGCUACACCCGCUAUAACAUCUGCUAAACACGUGUAUGUGACAAAUAACAUAUGAUUUGAUUUGAUUUGACUAAUCUAGGUAAUGAUCAGUUGAUUCAUUGAAUCAGGUGCUGAACUGCAUCAAAAGCCUGCCCACCCUGCAACUCUCCAGCACUAUGGGUGGUCACAUUAUAUUAGGGAAACAGGUAUGAGGUGUAGGUGUUAGGGGUGACACAGUAGGGAUAUGGAAGUGUUAAAGGGCCAGGGGCAUGGCAGUAAUAGGUACAGUAGGUGCUACAGUGGAUAGAGGGACAAUGUGACCUUCCCUUUAAGAUAAGCUGUGAGUGAGUCAAGUAAGGAAACAACACACGUAAACAUAUAGUAAGAAUCCCUGCUAACACUCUUUGUUAAAUACAGUAUAAACUAUACCAGUAUAUUGACUAACUCUGACAAAGCAGAAGCUAUACAUAUGUGUUCGUUAUGUCAAGCUUUAGCAAUCUAAUCAAAUCAGGAUUUAAGACAACAUACACAUUCCAUAAACGUAAUGAUGUUUUCAAUAGGAACACUUAUUCAAGUAUGAAAGCAUUCCACAGUUUUUUCCCCUUCAUAUUCAAAUAUUUUAGCACUGUAAAUUUAUUAUUUCUCCUUAUGACAAAUUGAAUUUUCCAUAAAGGAAAUUCUGCAAAGUUAAAGUGUUUGCUACUUCUUCAACAACUAUAGCAGAAAAUCUAAUCCAGGGUCAAACAGUCUGUGAUUAUUAAACUAGUAAGACAACCUGAUGCGGUGUGUAUUAAGAUGGCCCAUGCGGUCAGGCCCAGGUUAUAGUAGUGUUCAAGGUGAAAGGAACUGUCAUUGAUGAAGCCUCUGGUGACAGCUGCUCACACAGUGAGUGUGUAAUACAUUAACUCCUAACACCAUCUGCUGUGUUCACUCUAAGUCCAGACUAUCGAGAGAGGGAAGUGGGGCUUUUUACUCUUCAUUAAGAAAGUGCUCUUUGAGUGCCUCAAAAGCAGAGACAAAGGGAGAGGUCAAAGGUAGCUGGUGUAUUAGCCUACUAAUGAGCUAGUUGGAAAUACUUGGUAAUCUCACUGGUAAUACUUCACCAGUAUAAUGGACUGGUAAUACAUUACCAGUGAUUAUCUCACCACAGUUUCAUGAAGUCAAAGUUUGGAGAUUGCUUACUUAUUUUGAGCAUUCUCAUUCAUGAUAAAUACUGAGUGUAUUUUAUUUAUUGCCUACAGGUAUACUGUGCACAUCAGCAGCAGACAAGUGUCUGUCAUCCCCAUGUCAGAAUGGAGGUACGUGUCUCGACCAAAUGGGAAACUACACGUGUCUCUGCCCCAGAUGGCCAGUCCACUAUAUGGGCAAGGACUGUAGGGAGCUGUACGACCCCUGUGUCCACGAUGCCCUGUGCGCCAACUGUACCAGCAAACUGGGCACAGGAGUUUACACCUGCCACUGCCCUGACGGCUUCGCCGGGACCAACUGCACACUCAACAUCAACGAGUGUGAGAGCAACCCAUGUAAGGGGGGUGUCAGGUCCCAUUGUGUGGACAGGGUGGACGGCUACACCUGCCACUGUCCCCCUGGCUAUGGAGGAGAUCACUGCCAGGCGAGGGACUGCUCUGAGGAGCCUUGCCACAACGAUGCUACCUGUGUUGGCACACCGGAUGGUUAUGAGUGCCAGUGCGUCCCGGGCUUCCAUGGGAGGGACUGUGAGGAGAACAUGGAUGACUGUAAGUCACUCCCCUGUCAGAACGGAGCCAUCUGUAAAGACGGCGUCAACGGAUACCAGUGCUUUUGUGUGCCUGGUUUCCAAGGCUACCACUGUGAGCUGGACAUUAACGAGUGUGUGUCGCGGCCGUGUGAGAACAAUGGGACCUGUGUCAAUAAGGUGGACCACUAUGAGUGCCACUGUCUGCUAGGGUUCAAAGGUGAGACAGUCUCUCUGUUUGGCUCAGUGCAAUGUAUCCUGCUGUCUUUAGAGUGUGAUGGAAUGACCUUUUAUCUUUAACUCAGUGUCUUUAGUUCAGAGUUCACUACUAAACCAACCUCAUAUAGAAACUACAAACUUUCAGUGGCGAUUUUAGCAUGUAAAUCUUGGUGGGGCAAAAUAAUAAUAAUAAUUGGGAUGCAUGCCAGCAAAGCCACUACACAACUCAACACAACACAACACUAAACAAUACAUUAAUUGCACUAUAACGGUGACAAACGGUUCCCACAAACUGUUAGGGCCUACAUAAAGCUGUCCCAACAGCAGAGUCCCAACAGCAGUCCCAAAACCUUACCACUGCUACACCUGGCUAUCAGCAGAGCCUUGUCUGGCAGCGAAACAGUUCAUUUAGCCUCAUUUACAUUUACUGGCUUUUAAAAAAACAUCGCUGAUAUGGCUGACUUGCUUAAACAAAUGUGGUUUCUACUGACAAUUGAGAUGUAUAAACUAUGGCAUAAGGGGACGACAAGCGGAUAAGAGGUAAUUUCGAUUAAGACAUUAAUGAGCGAACUAGGAUGGACGUAGUCAAUAUAACUAUUUGUUCAGCACUUUUGAAAUGUACAGCGACAGAAUUCAGAACAUGGGCCAUUCUUAGUGUUCUCCCUGUACACCAAGUCAGAACCGUAUGAUAAAUAAAGUGGGCAUAUAAGCAGACAAUGAAAGCUCUUACAAUAUUCGAUGAUUACAUUUCUCUAAAACAGGUUAUAGGCUACAUGUUCACCACCAAGUCAGAACAGUAGGCAAAAUUAAGAGGGGAAAAUAGACCAAAUUAUUAGGGUGAGGCACAUGGGCUAUUAACAGCUUACUACACAACAUAUACUUAGUAUUACUUUCUUAGCUACAGUAUACAUAUCUCCCUGGCAUAUUACAUCAUUUAUGCAGCAGCAUACAAUACAUUUUUGGACUCACCUUGUUAUGCUGUGCACACUUGAACAGGAACUUUGUCAUCAAAGUCUGGGAUUCUCUGGAUUUAUGGUACUUUCAUUAUUAUUCAUUAUUUCUCUUCACAUGACAAUGAUUAAAAAGGAUUUGCCAGUAGAUUGUCGAUUUGAUUCAUGAUGAUGACUGCUAGCUAAGAUUUUGAAAGUAUGAUGUUGACAUGAUCAGUCCAAUCAAAGCUACUGUAGAUAUAACGUGAUUUGACAUCAUUUUAUCUGUGGCCAAUGACCUUGAGCCUUCUUGGAUGGGCACUUCUAAUGUAACUCUAAUGUAACCCCACUCCAAAAAAAGAAUUGCUCUGCCCCACCUGCCCUGAAUGACGGGUCGCCACUGCAAACCUUUAAUACACUGUGUACAGUGUUGCUCUCUAAGACAUCAAAGCUCUGUCAUUUUUCUCAUGGUGAAACCCAUCAUAUAAAGCUGUGUCUGUGUUGUGUGGCAGGUGUGAACUGUGAAGUGGAGAUCAAUGAGUGUGAGGAGCAGCCCUGCCAGAAUGGAGCCACUUGCCACGACCAUGUGGGCCUGUACACCUGUGAGUGUGUGUCCGGGUACGAGGGACAUGGCUGUGAGCUGGACAUUGAUGAGUGUGCCAGCGGGCCCUGUCUCAACGACGGCAACUGUACAGACCUGGUGAACAGGUAAGGCGUCUACAACUCUCUCUCCUCUCAUAGGCUGAAUCAGCUGCUUAACCCCAAUGUGUCGGUGAGCAGUAUGUCAACUGAGGGAUUCCUUCCCGACAGUAAAGUUUAAUAGGGCAAGGAUAAAGAUUAACCGCUUAUUCGGAUGGUAAUUAAUCAUGAGGUUGGGAAGUGGGGAAAACCUGAUAGAGAGCUUCAUCAGACCUGGGUGGUGUCUCUUGUUAAUACAGAGAUCAGUUAGAUGAACCAAUUACAUUUGUUAAUCAAAAAAUGCCAUAUAGGUGGCCUAAAGGGGUCUAGUGGUCUAAGCUUAUUCGAAAUUGGCCAACUGCUAUUUCACCACCCUCUCUCCUCUAUCUUUACUCUCUAUCUCUGUCCUAUCCAAUAAAACAAAAAACGUGAAAAGUGGGACAGCCCCACACACAAAAAAAACUAAAAAGAUUAGGGCAGGUGGAAUUCCACUUUCCUUCCAAAAAAAAAAGCCUGUUGAUCAGAAAUUAUACUAGAUUAGAAACUUCACAGCUAAGGCUGUUUAACAUUUCUACUGGCUGCGCUGAGGUCCCACUGCAUUUUCAUGCUUCAAAGAUGUCCCAGUUUCACUGAAAUAAGCACGAUCUAAGUUGCCUCUCUAUGUCUCCUCCUCCUCACUCAGCUAUGAGUGUGACUGCAACGGGACAGGCUUCACAGGAGAGCAAUGUGAAGUGGACAUCCCCGAGUGUGCUUCGGACCCCUGCCAGAAUGGAGCCACCUGCUUAGAGGGGGUCAACCAAUUCGACUGUGUCUGCUGGACAGGUACACACACACACACACACACACACACACACACACACACACACACACACUUCUCACCAAAUAAGGGAGCAACAGUCAGCUGUCUGUCAUAUCUGCCAAGCUUUCUCUGCACUACAGGAAGUAUUACACAUGCAGCAGAGGAGGCUGGUGGGAGGAGCUAUAGUAGGACGGGUUUACAGUAAAGACUGGAAUGGAAUAAAUGAAAUGGUGUCAAACACAUCAAACAUAUAGAAACCACAUGUUUGACCCUGUUCCAUUAAUUCAAUUUCAGCCAUUACAAUGAGCCCGUCCUCCUAUAGCUCCUCCUACCAGCCUCCUCUGACACACAGUCAUUAUUGCACAAUAAUAUUUGAUCUGCUAUCUGACAUAAAAACAGAGAACAUCGUAAGUGUCAGGAGUAUGUUGAAAUGAAAAGCUGCAGGCGCCUCCAGAUAGCCUUUUACAGGCAUGCAAAACCCUUUUCUUGGUAAAAUUAGGUUCUUGGAGUUUCCCAGAUGUAUAUCACAGAGAUAAAGGGUAAAAGGUAUGAUACAAGCCUGUAGUUUAGAGGCCAAGAAGGGGGAGUGGUAUGAGACAUGGCGAGAGACCUACUGAGAGACCUGUAUAGCGUAGCACUAACUGUGAUGUUACACCACACUGUCAUCUAGUGUAGGACUGGUGCAGCUGCAGGGCCAUGAGCACUAGGAAAACAAAGAUGAUCCUCAAUCCAGCAGAGGGAGAGCACAUUCUAUAGUUAUGUUUUGAUUUAUGUAAAUGUGUGUAUAAAGACAUUAUGAUAGAUAUGUAUGUAUGAAACAAGGCGGUACUGUGUGGUCCUGUUAUAAUAAUGGUGUGUGUGUUGCAGGUUAUGAAGGGAAGAACUGCCAGGUGGAUAUUGAUGAGUGUGAGCUGGAGCCCUGUGAGAAUGGAGGAGAGUGUUUCCAGCGCUCAGAGCUGCUGCACUACAGGGUGCUGUCUGGACUGGAGGACAGGGAGUUCAACUAUGAGAAAGCAGCUGGGUUCCUCUGCCGCUGCCAGCCUGGGUUUGCUGGUAAGGCAAAACACUCAUAUUCAUACUUGGUGACCUCAUGAAAAUUGAAUAGGAAUAGGACCCUUUAAGAAUGGGAUCUGAUUGAAUAGGAAUCCUCUGAUAUUGUAGUCAAUGUUAAUUUGACUUGAGGGUAAGUUGUUGAGUAAGUAAGUAAUAUGUCCUGUCUCCUGCAGGUGAGAGCUGUGAAGUCAACAUGAACGAGUGUGAGUCUGUUCCGUGUCAGAAUGGAGGGAGCUGUGAGGACCUGGUCAACUCAUACCAGUGUGACUGUCCACCUGGGUUCACAGGGAAGACUGUCUCUCUAUUUCACUGUGUAAUAUAAUACAGCUCUUUAUGUGCAAAGAACCCUGACCUGCUCUUAAUAUACACUACCAGUAAAAGGUUUGGACACACCUACUCAUUCAAGGGUUUUUCUUAAUUUUUUACUAUUUUCUACAUUGUAGAAUAAUAGUGAAGACAUCAAAACUAUGAAAUAACACACAUGGAAUCAUGUAGUAACCAUAAAAGUGUUAAACAAAUCAAAAUAUAUUUUAUAUUUGAGAUUCUACAAAUAGCCACCCUUUUCCUUGAUGACAGCUUUGCACACUCUCUCAACCAGCUUCAUGAGGUUGUCACCUGGAAUGCAUUUCAAUCAACAGGUGUGCCUUCUUAAAAGUUUCCUUCUUAUUGCAUUUGAGCCAAUCAGUUGUGUUGUGACAUGGUGUGUGUGUGUGUGUGUGGGGGGGGGGGGGGGGGGGGGUAUACAGAAGAUAGCCCUAUUUGGGUAAAAGACCAAGUCCAUAUUAUGGCAAGAACAGCUCAAAUAAGCAAAGAGAAACGACAGUCCAUCAUUACUUUAAGACAUGAAGGUCAGUCAAUACGGAACAUUUCAAGAACUUUUAAAGUCUAUUGAAGUGCAGUCGCAAAAACCAUCAAGCGCUAUGAUGAAACUGGCUCUCAUGAGGACCGCCACAGGAAAGGAAGACCCAGAGUUACCUCUGCUGCAGAGGAUAAGUUCAUUAGAGUUACCAGCCUCAGAAAUUGCAGCCCAAAUAAAUGUUAAAGACACAUCUCAACAUCAACUGUUCAGAGGGGACUGUGUGAAUCAGGCCUUCAUGGUCGAAUUGCUGCAAAGAAACCACUACUAAAGGACACCAAUAAGAAGAAGAGACCUGCUUGGGCCAAGAAACACGAGCAAUGGACAUUAGACCGUGGAAAUGUGUCUUUUGGUCUGGAGUCCAAAUUGGAGAAUUUUGGUUCCAAUCGUCAUGUCUUUGUGAGACACGGUGUGGGUGAACGGAUGAUCUCCGUAUGCGUAGUUCCCACCGUAAAGCAUGGAGGAGGAGGUGUUAUGGUGUGGGGGUGCUUUGCUGGUGACACUGCCUGUGAUUUAUUUAGAAUUCAAGGCACACUUAACCAGCAUGGCUACCAUAGCAUUAUUCAGCGAUACGCCAUCCCAUCUAGUUUGGGCUUAGUGGGACUAUCAUUUGUUUUUCAACAGGACAAUGACCCAACACACCUCCAGGCUGUGUAAGUGCUAUUUUACCAAGAAGGAUAGUGAUGGAGUGCUGCAUCAGAUGACCUGGCCUCCACAAUCCCCUGACCUCAACCCAAUUGAGAUGGUUUGGGAUGAGUCGGAUGGCAGAGUGAAGGAAAAGCAGCCAACAAGUGCUCAGCAUAUGUGGGAACUCCUUCAAGACUGUUGGAAAAGCAUUCCAGGUGAAGCUGGUUGAGAGAAUGCCAAGAGUGUGCAAAGCUGUCAUCAAGGCAAAGGGUGGCUAUUUGAAGAAUCUCAAAUAUAACAUAUAUUUAGAUUUGUUUAACACUUUCUUGGUUAUUACAUGAUUCCAUAGGUGUUAUUUCAUAGUUUUGAAGUCUUCACUAUUAUUCUACAAUGUAGAAAAUAGUAAAAAUUAAGUAAAACCCUUGAAUGAGUAGGUGUGUCCAAACCUUUGACUGGUACUGUAUAUCAGAAAAUACAAUAGAAAGGAGAAAUAAAUCCCAUGCAGUGAUAUACAGUAUAUCUCUUUGGAUUCACUUGCCUAGCAGUGAGCAAAACAAUAAUUGGUUAAUCCUGCCCCUGCUGAUCAUUCCUGCUGGUACUGGUCUACUUGGGCAUUAGAUAGCUUAAAUACCAACAUCAGUCAAAACAGAGAUAAAACCAUGUUGAAAGUUUGACCUUGAGCAAAGGAAAAGUAAAGGUGGGCUGGAAAACCACCCAUGAACAACUCUGAAUAACAGAGUUAUUAACUCUGAAUAACAGAGUUAUUAACUAUGAAUAACAACUGAACAUGAAACAGAGUAUAUGUCAAAUUGUUUGGGUUACCUGGCCUGUACAGGGGCUUUGACAGAGAGGGUAGGUGUCCAUACAGAGGGGCAUGGCAGUAGAAUAACAACAAAGACCAUAAAACCUGCUGCCAUAUGUCACUAGUCCUGGCUGGGUAUUAAACAGGGGUCUUUCCUCAAGUUUACCAAGGAGGAGAGAGAUUACCACAAAGCUGCUUAAGCUCUAUGAACCGCUAAUUAAUAAAAGCAGGCUUGAAAGACCCUCUCAUCACAAAAACAAAACCUGUUACCAAUUAAAACAUAAUGUAUUUUGAUACUCCUAGUCCUAGGUUAUUUGCACAGUAAGCAUACUUCCAUAUACUGUAACCAGGCACCGUCAACAUAGAGGGGAAUAACACAUAUGUGCACAACAAGAUAAUAUGACUACAGAUAGAGUACUCAGAAACUGGUUAAGCGAAUUAAAUUCAGCCCCCCUCAUCCCAGCCACCUUUGACCCCCAUUUCAACCUGCCAUACUGAGGUUAGUCCAGUAUAGUCCAGCUCAGUUCAGCCCCUCUACUCAGCAGCCUGUCUCCUGUGAUUAGAAUGCCGUCUGCCACUAGCCGGCAUCCAUAACAUCGAUCAGGAGUGACUGCAGCCCAACAUUCCUGUUGUCAGCAGUGACAGGAGCCAGCUGGGUGGGAGGCUUAGAGCCCUGGCUGGGCUGGGCUGCUGAGGGGAGGCUGUAUGCAGGCAUGCGGGAGGGACGGAGGGAGGGAGAGAAGUAGGGUGGGCUGGGCUCCAGUAAACGCUUCUGCCUGCCUGGUACAGAGGGGAGUGUACAAGUGUACGGACUGUGUGUACGUGUGUGAGCGUGUAUGAGAGAGAGGGGGCACGAGUUCGAUCUCAUCUGUGGGACCCGUUUGGCUAUGUGUGUGUUUACGGCUCUGGGAGAAUGAGGGGGCUACUGCUACUAUUGUUGCUAGCUGUAUGGUGUGGGCAAUUGGGACUGACAGGUAACACUUUAAACUUACAGUGGACAGAAGGGCUGCUAGGACAGGCUGUGUGUUUAUGUGGGGGAGGAAGAGUGAAGGAGGAGGGUUCAAGGAGAUGUUCUUGUUUUAACUUGUGGGGAGAGGCGUUUUAGAGGAUUUUGCUGAUGUGUAAACUUUCUGGGCUCAUUGCUUACUAAGCAUAUUGUAGGCCCAUUGAUUUACUAUAUACCUUUAAUAAUCUAGCAAUAUUCUUCAAAGCAUUUGGUUUUUUAAUGCAAUUUGACUGUGACGCAGAGAGAAAUACUAACUGGGCUCACAUCCGUACCGAUAUUUCAACUUUCAGAACAAUUCAAUUAAUGUCACAGUCAUUACUUUAAUUGUGUAAAGAAAAAUGUAGAAUCUAAUUGACUGCGGGCCAAUUGCAUCAGUAAUUUCCUCAUUAGUAAAAGGCAUAGUCUAAUCAAUUGCUUCCUGGAGAGCCGCAUGCUUGCCAGUGUACUUCCAUAUCUGAUUAACUCAUUUGGUUUGGUUAGAGAGACUGAUUAACUUAUUGGUUUUGCACGGGAGACCCUUAGGUUCCUGUUGAAUCUCACUGUGUGGCUGGGAGACAGUUCUGUGUGGCAGAGAAAGACAUAACCAAACCCGUAAGCAAGAUACAUGUCUAACAUGAAAAACUAAUGGUGUGUUAUGUUGUCGUUACAGGUGUGCACUGUGAGGUAGACAUUGACGAGUGUGAGAGCGAGCCCUGUCAGAACGGCGGAUCCUGCAAGGACGGCGCCAACGCCUACACCUGCCACUGUGUGAAGGCGGGUCCAGGGGAGGAGCCAUGGGGCGACCAUAACUGUGACGUCCGUCUGAUUGGCUGCAGAGAACACCUGUGUGAGAACGGAGCCACGUGUGUGCCUAUCCUAAGCCAACAAGAGCAUGGUGGGGAGGAUGGGGAUGAACAAGAGCAUGGCCACACCUGCCUCUGUCCCCCGGGCUUCACUGGGAAGCACUGCAGCAUCCCCACCACCUUCUCCUUCAACACAGAGAGCUAUGUCCUCAUCCAGCUCCCUCCUACAGCUAACAGGACCAGGAGAGAGAUAGAACCCCACCACCACCACCACCACCACCAUGGGAUCCACGUCCAGCUGUGCUUCAGGACCACCCUGCCUGACAUGCUGCUGUUCUACAGAGGGGCUGAACACUACUUUGUGUCCCUGGAGAUUGUGGGGGGUCACAUCCAUGCUAGAGCUGGAUCAGGGAAGAAGCUACAGGCUACCUACCAUCUCCCUGUCAAUGACGGAGACUGGCAUGAGGCCAAAGUGACCAUGGAUGAGAAGCUGGUGCUGAUGGUGAAAGGACCAGGCUGUGACAAUGACGGGGGAUGCAUGGUGGAGGAUGAAGGACACAACCAACUGAUCUUCUUCCAACCUGGAUCAUUCCCCCAGGUCUAUGUGGGGGGAGCCCCCCAGAAGUAUCUGAACAACACAGUGAGCAGGAAGGGUUUCAUUGGCUGCAUGGAGGAUCUACAGGUUGACCACCAGCUGCUACUGCCCCAGGAUAUCUCUCCAGAGCACGUCCAAGACAUGGAGCUAGGCUGCAACAAGACUGACUGGUGUCAUCCUGACCCCUGCCAUCAUCGUGGGAAGUGUAUUGACCUGUGGACUAGCUUCAACUGUGAGUGUGAUCGACCCUAUCAUGGCUCCCUGUGUAAAGAAGGUAAGAACUGUUACACCUUUUAAAACAUUACUUACUUUACAUUUUCAAAUAUUGCUUUUCAAAUAAUGUCAACUGUAAACACCAGGCACUGACAAUGUGCUGUCAUUUAAAGGGGGUUACAUGUGUCUCCUCAACUUACAGCCAGUUCCCUUCAACUACACUGUUUUGAAAGUAUUUGUUGUUUCCCUCAGAAUACCCCUCAUGGACAUUCAGUAAUGAAGACACUGUGAGCUAUGCUGCCUUUAACAUCAGCCAAACGGAUGGGGAGAACUUCAACAUCUCCUUUUUCCUGCGCUCUCUGAAGCCUAGCGGCCUGCUUCUCCAGCUGAGGAGAGGGAGGAGGGCCUACCUCACCCUGUACCUGCGGGAGGGAACCCUGGUCUUCAACAGCCCCCUCACCACCCUGUUCUCUAACGGUACCUACAUCACCAGAGGACAGAGGGAGCUGGUCACUGUGGUGGUACGCCAGGGUCAUGUAGGGUUCAGUCAGGGUGGUACACAGCUCUCCCUGGGGAGGGUGAGGAUGGAGCGGGGAGACGUGGUGUACAUGGGGGGUCUGCCACCGGGGGAGUCCACUGCCCCCUGGGGAGGUCACUUCAAAGGUUGCCUGCAGGACAUCAUUCUGGACCACAUGCACCUGUACCCUAACCUCCCAGAGGAGGAGUGCCACACCCACAAAGCGUUCCAGUGCUACUUCCCAAACAAAGCUGAGAAUGUGUUGGAUGGCUGUGUCAGUGAUGAGGCAUGCAAGGUAACAUCAAUAACAACUUUAAGCUUUAGAGAUAUAAUACUGUAACUGUAGACCUAUGAACUGUUUUAGGAAACUGGUACACGAGCUGUCUAGAUUUGUCAGGUUUGGGUCCUGACAAAGACUUUUCAGUUCCCUCUUUGUAUCAGACACUAAUAUCUAUGUUCUCCUCAGGCUGGUCCCUGUCAGAAUGGAGGAACGUGCACAGUCACCUGGAAUGAUUUUGAGUGCACCUGUCCCAUGAACUUCUCUGACAGGCGAUGUGAUUCACGCGUGUGGUGUAUCAGCGACCCCUGUGUCAUGGGCAGCCAGUGUGUGGAUCUAGUUGACGGUUACGAGUGUGAGUGGACUUUUUGGAUUGUAUACAUUAUCUCUCUCCAUUUAUCUCUACUACAGUAUCUUUCUCUCACAGACACAUGCACAAACAAAAUAACAAACACCUUAUCAAAAGGUGUGUCACUGUAUUCAACAUUGAGUUGCCUUAUCAAUAUACUGCUGUUCCCCCAGGCCUCACUAACGCCACCUUUGAGAGCAACACUCUGCAGUUCACUGCUAAUGGCUCGCUUGUUGCCACGGUGACCAGUGUCUCUGUGGACAUACGUACUCGGGAGGAGAAUGGCGUGCUGCUGCGGGCCACUAACGGAGCAGAGGUCUUCUGUCUGGGUUUGCUCAACUCCUCCCUUCUGGUUAAACUACUGAGUGGCAACAGCCUGGAGCUACAGGCCUUCACCAGCGACCUGCCCAUCUCAGAUGGGGCCUGGCACCACCUCCACUUGGCCAUGACAGACCCCCUGCAGCCUGUGUCCCGCUGGCGCCUCACCGUGGACGGGCGCAGGGCUGGCAGCACCAUGGGCACAGCCGGGCACCUCAACUUCCUCAACGGCACCACCGUGUGGCUGGCAGAGAACUACACUGGCUGUCUGGGGGAGGUGAGGGUGGGAGGAGUCUACCUACCUCUGGUGGAUGACCAAGAUGCCCCCCAGGCAGCCCGGUUUAUCAGACUGGGGAGGCAGGAGCACAAGAUGGGGUGUGUUGGUGCCGAUGUGUGCCAGUCCCAGCCCUGCCUCAACCAGGGCACCUGCCAGGACCUCUGGAACCUGUUCAACUGCAGCUGUGCCCCGGGCUGGGAGGGAGAGUUCUGCCAGAGGGACACAGACGAGUGUGCCUCAGGCCCCUGUGCCCACGGCACAUGCACAGACCUGCUGGCAAACUACCAGUGUGAGUGCCACAAAGGAUGGGGGGCCAGGGACUGUGAGGAGGGGGUGGAUGACUGCCUGGAGCACAGCUGUUUGAAUGGGGGCUCCUGCCUGGACGGGACGGGUACCUACCGCUGUGUCUGCCCCCCUGGAUACACCGGCCGCCGCUGCCAGUCAGUACCACAAACUAUAACCAGGGCAUGUUCCUGAUCAAAAAACACUGUGUCUGUGUCUGUGUGUUCAGUAUGUAUAGAUGUUGUAAUGACUGUAUUAUGUGUGUCCUACAGAUGGAGAUUCCCUCCACACCAAUGUGAUGAAGAGACGCAGUGUGACAACGGUGGGGUCUGCAUGGAUGGGAUCUGGGGAGCCAACUGUACCUGCAAACCUGGCUACACUGGGGACUGGUGAGAUUACUAACCCACCAAAUUUUCCAUAGAACAUACAUGGGCCGUAUUCCCGGACACUAACAUUUUACUGGACUAAGAAGGACUAAAAAACAUGCUAAAUGGACUAGGCUUAACCUGUGUCCGGUAGCCCGACCCUAUAUGUCUACAGUUUAAAAGCUGUGUAUGUCAGUGGGACAGUAUAAGGUUCCUAUUGUAUGUACAGAGAGCUGUGGUCCUGCUGGAGUGUCAGUGUUGUGUUUACCCCCCUGAUGUCUCAUAGGUGUGAGGCAGAGAUAGAUGAGUGUGUGUCCCGACCCUGUCUCAACGGUGGUACCUGCCUGAACCGACUCAACGUCUUCCAGUGUGUGUGUGUGCCGGGCUUCAGCGGCACACAGUGUGAAAGCAAUGUAAGUGACCCUAUAUCUCCACUGAUCACACUCAGUAACUGACAGUCUGCAUGUAACUACAUAAUGUAAGUACAUUUGUUACAGUAGACUAUGUAGUGGUAAUGUAAGUUGAGUAUCAAAAGCUUAUACACAGACCAGAUUGGAUCAAAGAAGCUGAUGUAUUAAAACAAUUUAAGCUGUAGUUCGUCUAAUCUCAGUUUGAGUGAGUAAUAAGGUAAUAAUAAGUAAUAAUGAUGUCAUGAUAAAUAAUAAGUCAAUGUCCUGCUCUCUCCCCUCUGUAGAGACAGGAGCAGAAGGAACGUGUGCCCUGGCUAGUGGUGGCCAUCCCUCUGGCCAGCCUGUGUGUGCUGCUGGCCGUGCUGGCCCUGGUCUUCAUGGUGUUGACCGCCCGCAAGAAGCGCCAGUCAGAGGGCACCUACAGCCCCAGCGCCCAAGAGGUGGCAGGGGCACGGCUGGAGAUGGGCAGCGUACUCAAAGUGCCCCCCGAGGAGAGGCUCAUAUGAGCCCCGCACACAACAGAAACACACACUACCUUCGCUUGGCUACAGACGGACACCGAGCCUCCCUGGCUCAGACACACACCAGACACAGGCAAGGACUGGUCAGACUCACUAAGAGGUGUCCAGAGGGUGAAAGGUCACCAGUGGUGUGGACAUCAUGCCGUCAGAGUGGUGCCACUGCCACACUGCUGCUGCUAGGUCAUGGGGGUGGGGGUGAUUAAACCCGGAGCUAAUCCCUUUAUGGAAAUAGGUGACGUGGUCUGUCUGAGCUGCAGAGAGAGGCAGGAUAGAGGCUGAAAGAGCUGUCUUCUCCCCAAGACUUGAGCACUGCUGUCAGGUUGAGUCUAAUCAGCUAGUCCCCUCCCUGGAGCGAUGAACCAUACUGGAUUCCAGUGUCUUUCUAUACAAUAGCUACCAGUGAACAUUCUGUACCCCACAUUGAUUAUGUGUGAGUUCACUCUAAUGACCACUUUGGUAUUGUAUUUUUCUCUGGAUGUGCACUAUGUAAGUUAACAGGCAACCCACUAUACCAAUAAUGUUCUUUCCAACUCUGUGUAAAUACUGUAAUUGUCUUAUUUCUAAAUCUAUGAUAUGUGUUUUUUGUUCAUGUCAUUGUUUUGUGCAAAUGUAUGAGGCGCUCCUAAAACUCAAACUCAUAGAAAGUGGAUUGAGACCCCUUUAAUGCUAUCAGCCAUCUUAAACUCUGAUGCCACAGCAUUCAGACAGGCUACAUUUACCCAAACCUACACUCCUGUCUGUCUCUUACUCUAUGCUCACCAGUGCCACUACUUAACCAGCCAAGUGAUCAAUGGACGUUUUCACUGUCCACCAAAGGUGCUGAAGCUAGAUAUUGUGCUGUAGUUAUUUUCUGUAACUAUGGAUGUUGUACCACAUUUAUAUACUGUAACCAAGCUGAAUAUGAAGUUUAUGCAAGACCAUACUAAAGUCAAGUUAUUGAAAGAUAAUGAUUUAUUAUGAACUGACUUCCACAUUACUUUACAAAUGAGUUUGCAUGUGCCUUCCUUACAGAAUGGAUGGAAUGCUGACAAACCCAACAUUUGACUCUUGUACAUUGUACAUUGGAUAUGGUAUCUAUCUAUAUGUUGUUGUUUUUUAUGGCCCUAUCUACAAUAUGGUAGACUGGAUUUAGCAAUGUAUUGUCUCAAAGGAAAACUCACUGUGAUUAUUGUAUUGAUGUCUGUGUGUAAUGCUGUAGAGCAGUACGAUAGACAGACAGAUAGACAGAGCAUGUUUUCUGUUCCAUGUCUGUUGGGCCUCCCCCUCCCAUUCCUGCAGGGC